AUGUACAUAUCUUCAGACGAUAUUUAUGUUUGUUCCUUGGUAUUAGAAACUCAUUCAAUUGACCUACCUCUAACACGUAAGGUUUAUUCUCAAUUGAAGGACCUUGGUGCUAGAUUUCCCAAUGUUAUCAAGAGAAGAGAGUACGAAUCAAUUACGGUCAAUUAUUUGUCUCAUAUUGCAUGGAAGAGUUUUUCUAAAUUCGAGAUGAAUUCCUCAUUGAAAGAAGCUCUCAACAAUAAUGAUUCUCAAGAUUGUUUGUUCCAAUUGGAACCACCUUUGGGCGCAAGCAGAUAUGCAGAGUAUUUUUCUUUUGGUGAUUUCCAUAUCUUGUUGGAUCCCUCAGAAUUGAGCAAGAAUGGUCAAUUGGCAUUUGACUUUCCGGUUCACGUAAUGCUCCAAAAACCUGAUCGCUCUCUCAAGUGCAAGUUCUCUGAUUUCCUAAGCUCCCUUGAAUGCCGAUUGAAAUUUGAACAUACCUCCUUAGGGCAUACUGCCUCAUCUUUUGAAGUAAUCAAAAAAUGGUUGCCAUUCAAUGCAAACUCUAUCGUCAGCCAAUUGUUGGAGAAAGGUCUGAUGGAUAAGGAAAAUUUAGAGCUUGAUCCUCAAAUGCUAGUGGAAUCGUAUAGAGUUGUCACUAUGAGAAAAGAAGGCGAAUCUAUUCUGAGUCUUAUUGUUAAUGAUAUUAGAGACGAAGUUGUGGAAAUUGGAAAGAAGAAAUAUUUGAUUGCUGACUUGAUUAUUAUGUGCUUUGGAAGAGGUUUAUUGGAAUUGGAUUUUUUAUUUAGAUAUUUAGAAUAA